CCUCGCGCGCAUGUGAAAGUUGUUCAAGGGGUGUGUUUAUGGGAAAUAGAGACUUUGCGCGCGGGUGCGUGUGUUUACACAGACGGGAAUACUGCGCCAGAGGAAGUGCGCCCGUUCCCCGUCUGCGCGUCCCGAUUUCCUGCUCUGAGUCAGGAGAGAGAGGAGCCUCGGAUCCGCUUUCAGACGGCGGGACGGCGGCAGCAUGGAGCCCCAACGCCGCACACACACCCCGCAUCUAUAAAGAAACGCGCACAUCCCGGGCGCGCAGACGGACAGAGGAGCUGCGGCACUGACUGACGGAUCCCCAGGACAUUCAUCGUCAUGGAAAGCUCCAUCACGCUCUGGCAGUUCCUGCUGCAGCUUCUGUUCGACCAAAGCCACAAACAUCUCAUCUGCUGGACCUCCACGGAUGGCGAGUUCAAACUGCUCAAGUCAGAGGAGGUGGCGAAGCUGUGGGGACUGCGCAAGAACAAGACCAACAUGAACUACGACAAGCUGAGCCGAGCGCUGCGCUACUACUACGACAAGAACAUCAUCAAGAAGGUGAACGGGCAAAAGUUUGUCUACAAGUUUGUGUCGCUCCCGGAGAUCCUGAAGAUGGAGCCUCCAGCGGUGGAGUCGGGUCGCAGCAGCGCCGGGAGCGCAGGAGCGUCUUCAGAACCUGAGCUGGAUGACGAAGAUGGACGGCAGAGAAACCAGUGCCUCCAAUCCGGCCUUUUCUCCUCUUUCCCUGCAAGCUCCUUGCAGCAGCUCUCGGAACACCCGCGACCAAUCAAAUCGGAGCCCAGAUCUGAUCGUCAUGACGACAGCUCUUCGGUCAUCCGGUUCGUGACCAACGGUGGCCGCUCUUACACCCCGCCCCCUUCCUCCAACCCCUCCAGGGCGUCUUCUCAGCUCUCUUGCUCCCCACUACAAAGCUCCGCCCACAUGGGGAUGAUGGGGCGGAGCCAGAGCGAUGAAGCAGAUGAUUUGGAGCCUGGCAUCCAGCCUCUGAAUCUGUCGUCCGGUCAGAGGGAGAGGGAGAGGCUAAAGACCCAGUCAGCGUCAGAGAGAAGGGGGUUGGCUCACAGCACGCCGCUGAAAGGCAGGAAACCGAAAGGUUUGGAAAUCCCCGCCUCCUCGCUCCUCCUUACAGGAAGUGACCUCGUCUCCAUUGCCCUCAACAGCCCGGCUCUGCCUUCUGGCUCCAUGACCCCCGCCUUCCUCACUGCUCAGACUCCGUCUGGUCUACUCCUCACUCCCAGUCCUUUACUCUCAAGUAUCCAGUUUUGGUCUGGUUUGAGCCCAGUGGGACCACUCAGCCCCGCCCAGCUCCAAAACCACGCCCAGCUCUUCCAGUUUCCAUCCCUGAUGAAUGGACCUUUAACUAUUCCUCUGCCCGGCGGAGAUGCGUCUUCUCCGCUGCUCCUCUCCUCCAGCUCCUCCAAGUCCUGAUUCAAACCUGAGCUUGAAGAUCAAACUGGAUCCAAAGAUGUUAAAUCAGCACUGACCAAAGGACCAAAAAACCAACAUUAAACUGAGAAACGACAUUAAACUUGAACUUCUACCAAAGCCAAUUAAACAUUUAUCUGAGUCUUUUAUAGUUUUAGGGAAAAGAACCUAAGCUUCUCUCUGAAACGGAGCAGACUAUUUUCAUCGUGUUAACUUCAGGGUUGUCCGAACAUUCAUGUUAAAAUGCAAUAAGAUUGACUUUGGGUUUACCUCGUGAAGUUUUUCCUCUCCUUUUAUAGUUUGUUUGAUCCUGAUCGGUGAUGUUGUCAAUAUAAAAAAUAGCUCGGGGAUCCUUGUGUUGCUUUCACUAACCUCAGCAUCCGCACCUCAAAAUCCAAGGGAAUCCAUGUCGAGAUUUUUUUCAGUAUGAAAAAGAUCUCAUCGAGCCAGAAGGAUUCAUACAAGGGAACUACAAUGGUGGAAGAUGUUAUGUCUUCAGGAGCCAACAGCUGAGAUUUAAACUUUGCUUUAGUUUUGGAGGGUGAAAAAAAACGCUUAUGUUAGCCUUACUUUUGUUGUGCUAGCAUAACCUUUGCAGUGUUAGCAUAAUUUCUGUCAUGCUAGUACAACUUUAUUUGUGCUAGCAUAACCUUUAUUGCCCUUGCAUAACUUUUGUUGUACUAGCAUAACGUUUGUUUUGCUAGCAUAACGUUUAUUGUGCUAAGAUAGCGUUUAUUGUGGUAGUUUAAAAUCAUUAAAAAGCAUAAUUUUCCUAGCUAAGCCUAUGGUCACAUAUCGCAAAAUGCCAUCCAUAGUGACCUAAAUGCAAGUUUUUCAACAAAGUCGGCAGGUGGCCGCGUGGUGACAUUUGUAAUUGGAAGGUGGCAGUCGCAUUUUGACAUGUCAAAUGUUGAUGCCGAACGGACGUUUUUUUUCUAGAAGUUUGGAGGUUGCGUGGUGGCAUUCCAGUGACAGGUGAGGACGACGCCAUUACAAAAUCAGGCGACAGCUUUGAUUGGAUGAUGUGUAAAUGUCUCCGGACAGUGGGCGUCCACAUCAAGUGCCACCUGCUGCAAGGGUUUAUGAAAAGUGGGUCAUUCUGCACGGCUAACAGAUUCCUGACUGCCACUAUCUAUAUUCUUGACUUCACCAACAAUUUUCAAAACAAUCAGAUGUUAGCAUGUUUGAGUAAAGUAUUAUUAAAGGUGCUAAUAUAGAUAUUGGAACGGAUAGUUUUGAGCGUAAGUCGGCCAUUUUCAGCUAAUCUGGUUUUGACCCUAAGCUAGCUUCUAGCUAUACAUUCCGUAUUAAUUGGGAAAUUUAAAAUGUAAGUAAAGCUAAUCAAUAAACUCACCUAAACUCUGAACAAGGGAGAGAUCCUGGUUUCCAUUCAUGUGAAUCCUGGUGUGGUUCACGUACAGUGUAAAUGCCAAGAGAACCAAAAUGGAAAAAAACAACAAAAGAAAUGGCCCAAAAAAAACCAAAUGUGUUCACAGAAAGAUUAGCAAGAUGCCCAUUAGUAGUAUGAACACAAGUGGGACCAGCCACUUAUCUUUGUGCCUUUUUCUCUUCUUGGCUGCAAAAGAGUGUAGAGUUGGAAGUCGCAGUUUAAUGAAGCAAACUAUUUUCCAUCUUCUCCUUUUGCCAUUCAAUGCAAUAGUCCUGGCAGAUACUUUAAUCUGUUUCAAUAGGAAUAGAGAUGAAGCUCGAAAUGUGAUACAGUAAAGAAAUCAGUGGUAUAAAAGAAUAAGAAGAAGAUCCACAUUUGGGAUCUACACAAGACUCCAGAAUCGUUCACCUCCUUUGUUAAUGUUUCCAAAUAUUCUUUGGUAAUGUCUUCUGGCACAGUAUCCAAAACGAUCAAGAGGGUUUGCAAAAUGGAUUGACGGAGACACGGCUUGCAGGUCUUGCUCAGAGACUAAAUGACCAACAAGGCUAAGAUUGGAACCUCUAACUAACCAAUUGUGGAAUUGGACAAAUGUAGGCAAACACCUCAAAGGGAAGUUUUCUAACCACCACAAGGUAACAUUUAUCAAAAUCCUGCACAGGAAACAACGCAAGCUAACGUUUUUCUCAAACGGUGCAAAAACUCCAGAAAACAACACGACUUUAAUCUUCAUUGCAGUUGAAACCAUUUCAGUGGCUAAAAAACAAGUUUCUCAUACAUCUGAUCACAUUUUUCAAAUGUGAAAACUUCUGGUGUGUAUGUCUGGAAUUGUUUGGUGUUCUUUGUACGAUGAGUGUAUGUUCGGCCCUGAACUAUCAAAGCAUCUGCUAGCCAGAGUGCUAAUAAUGUUUUCCUGCAUAGUUUUUUAGUGUAGCUCUGUAAUUUAAAAAAAUAAAUAAAAUGGCUGUGCUUUCUGUAUU